GACCCGAACCUCAAGAUGUGUAGCAUGCAGUUGACACUCAAACAGCUGUGACGUCACGUGUGUGUGUUCCUCUUAUGCCCUCCCAGCUUCCCCUAACACCUGUGGUUACUUGAAGAGAAGCUCAACAGUCCCGUGGAAGGGGACACGGAUCCCGAAGUUAAGCAGAGGACAGAGUGACAGGCGUCCAUCACCAGCCAGUGGCUUCAAGACAUCCUACACACAGACACACAGACACACACACACACACACAGAAUGAAGUUGUUGGUAGUUGUGGCUGCUGCUCUGGCAGUGGCGAGCGCAGCUAGCCUUUCAUUGGAGGACCUGGAGUUCCAUGCCUGGAAACUGAAGUUUGGAAAGUCCUACAGCUCUCCAGUGGAGGAAUCUCAGCGCAGGAGUUCCUGGAUCUCCAACCGUAAACUGGUGCUGGUCCACAACAUGCUGGCUGACCAGGGCAUCAAGUCCUAUCGCUUGGGCAUGACUUACUUCGCUGACAUGGAAAACGAGGAGUACAGACGCAUCUCCCAGCGCUGCCUGGGCUCCUUCAAUGCCUCCAAGCCCCCCGGCGGCUCUACCUUCUUACCCAUGCUUGGGGACAAUGAUCUGCCCACCACCAUGGACUGGAGGGACAAGGGCUAUGUCACCUCCAUCAAGGAUCAGAAGGAUUGUGGCUCCUGCUGGGCUUUCAGCACGACUGGCUCUUUGGAAGGCCAGCACUACAGGAAGACCAAUAAGCUGGUGUCCCUCAGUGAGCAGCAGCUGGUUGACUGCUCCGGUGAGUUCGGCAACAUGGUCUGCAUGGGCGGUCUCAUGGACCAGGCCUUCGAGUACAUCAAGUCCUUGGCCCCUGGAGGCCUGGACACUGAAGACUCCUAUGCCUACCAUGCUGAGGACAAGAAGUGCCACUACAAGCCAGACAGUCUGGGUGCCACCUGCACCGGGUAUGUUGACAUGACCAGCGGUGACGAGAGCGCCCUGCAGCAGGCCGUGGCCACCGUCGGACCUGUGUCUGUAGCCAUUGUUGCUGCACACUCCUCCUUCCAGCUCUACAAAUCAGGUGUCUAUGAUGAGCCAGACUGCAGCAGCGAUCAGCUGGAUCAUGGUGUGCUGGCUGUGGGCUAUGGCACUAGUGAUGAUGGCCAGGACUACUGGCUGGUGAAGAACAGCUGGGGCCUUGACUGGGGAGAUAAGGGCUACAUAAUGAUGUCCAGGAAUAAGCACAACCAGUGUGGCAUCGCCACGGCUUCCAGCUACCCCCUGGUCUAAGGACAAUACCAUUUGGUGCCUGGGAUUCUUCCUGAAGAUGGAAAGUAACAGAAUUGAUUUGUCUGCGUGUGUUAUUGUAUCAGAACCGUAUCCCGUGAACUAUAUCCCUCUUGAUGGAUUGGACAUUAUGCUGGAUUUGAAGCAGAAGAUGACUCAAGAGGAGCUGAAUGGCAGUUUGAUCAUGACAACACUCCUCCCACAGGCUGUGCAAGUAUUCCCUGAACUUUACAUACGGUAUCUUACUGUAUGUUUCUUUGUGAAUUGCAAUUUCAUCAUGAGCACCUCUCCCAUCAUUUGCUGAUCACCAGUUCUCUUGGCUACAAAUUGUUACACCAGAAAGUAAUUUAACCAAAGAUUUUUGGUAUCCGUUACUGGGAGUUACAGGAUAGUUACUGUUUGGUGUAGUAGCACAGAUCAUUUUUGACCAACCUUAGCGAUGCUGUCUUCAUCCUCGACUUGUGGGAACAGGAGUCUCAUAAAAUGUCUGUGACCAGUUGUCGGGAGUCAGUUUGAAUUCAGAAAAUUCUCAGUUAUCUCAUUGAUCGACACGGAUGUCUGUCAUCAUGACAUGCGGCACUUUGGGGUAGACACCCAGCUGUGCUACACCAAACAGUACCUAUCCUGUAACUACCAGUAAAUUAUACCAAAAAUCUUUGGUUAAAUCACAUUAUCUAGUGUAACAAUCUGUAUCUACAGUUCUCUGUACUACACUGUUCAUGCUGUAUUUUCUGUAUGUUACUUUUACUGUAUAACAUUAUUGUUGAAUACCAAGUUCUCUUUUUGAGUUAGUAUUAAAUAUUGUACACUCCCCUGUAUUUUAGAU